UAUGGGUUACGUUUUAUGUCUACCCGUACUAUUUUGGUGUAACACCAGAUAAUCAACGCUGUGACAUUUGCAGGAAGCGGUGACCACUGAAUGUAAAGCAUAUUUUCUAGACUUGUCUUGGAUUCGUUAAUCUUAGCAUGAUUAAUAUAUAAUAUUAGUAAUUAAUGACAUAAUGGCGCGGGUUGUGAAACUGUUUCGGACUUUGCGAAAUCAUUGGAAGAAGUCUACAUUCGCUGUGUGCGUCCUAGCUUACGGAGGCCACUGGCUUUAUGGUAAACACUGUGAGAAUAUUCUGAGGCGAGAGGCCUGCCUAGAGGCUAGGGAAUUUGGACGUCAGCUAAUUGCGCCUCAAGAGCGCUUAAAGAAAGCUACCGUGAUCUUGAACCCUGCAGCAUGUAAUGGGAAAGCCAACAGUUUGUUUGAAAAGAAUGCUGCCCCUAUUUUACAUCUGGCUGGCUUUGAGGUUACAGUGGUGAAGACGGAUUAUGAAGGUCAAGCCAAAAAAAUGAUGGAUCUGGUUGAACACACGGACCUGUUGAUUGUCGCUGGAGGGGAUGGCACUCUUCAGGAAGUCGUCACAGGUUUACUGCGGAGGUCCGACCAAGACACAUUCAGACACGCACCAAUUGGAUUCAUUCCACUUGGCUCCCAAAACUCCAUGAGUGCCGGUCUUCACGUUGUCAGUGACAACAAGGUCAAGGACAUUACAUCAGCAACACUGUCCAUCCUAAAGGGAGAAACUGUGCCUCUGGAUGUCCUGCAAAUCAAAGGGGAGACAGAGAAGCCCGUCUUUGCACUGAUGGGACUGCGAUGGGGUGCUUUUAGAGACGUGUCUGCAACUGUUAGCAAAUAUUGGUAUCUUGGACCCCUGAAGACACAUGCUGCUCAUUGGUUCAGGACCCUUUGGGAGUGGCCUUUAGUCCGUGAAGUCUCAAUCGACUACCUGCCUCCCACCCUGCGGCCCCCUGACUUGCCCCUUCAUAAGCCCCCGAGACCCAAUCUUCUCCAUCGCAUCAUCCGCAGGCUGAAGAACUACUGGAAUCCGCCCCUUAAAGAGGCGCCGAAAGCGGAAGAACCAGAGCACUGGACGGAGCAGAAGCUGUCGUCCGUCGAGCUGUUUAUUCAAACGCACAACAAAAACCCUGUUGAGCGCCGAAUUAAUGAUUCCAUGAUGAUCUGCGCAGAGUCCGACAACUUGACUGUGGGCGAAUUCAUCACCGUCGGAAACAAAAAACAUCAGGACCCAGCUGUGGUCACGGAAAACUGCACCCAAAUAGAGGCCAGUGUUUGCCAGCUGAAGCUGCAAGAGGGCGGCGGCGGCUUCUACAGCAUCGACAACGAGGACUACGAGGCCAUGCCUGUGGAGAUAAGACUGUUGCCACGGAAACUGCAAUUUUUCAUGAGCGCAGAGCGCAGACAGCAGCUUCUUUCACAGAUGCAAUAAAGAAGGAAAUAACACGAUGUCGAAUUGGAGACAAAAAUAACAGAACACACGUCUUUUGCUGCAAUUUUAACUCAUUAACCAUAAAUUAAAGGAUUCUUAUUUUAUCUGUUCAUGUUUUACAUUUUCUAUGACAAAUACCAAUAUCAUGGUCUUAACAACUUCAUGUGAAGUAAACGACCUCUUAUGUUUGUCAGUAAUAAAGCUCAGGUUUACUAUAUAAUCAUGUGGUUAAAGCCUAAAUAAAAAAAGAAUGCAUUA